CUAUGCUCUAUUUCUUCUCUCCAUCAAAUUAUCUAUCUUGUUUUCUACAUACAGCCAUAGUUCCAAACUCCAAUACACAUUUCUACCUAUUUUUCUCUCUAUCUCUCUCUCUCUCUUUCUCUAGCUUGAUGGCUGACCAGAGGGCGAACGAGAAUGCCGUCACCAGCGGACCGCAGAAUACAAGCAUUGAAGAUAUUGAUCCUCCAAAGAAGCCAAAAACUAGCAAGUUCGCUAUUGCCUGUGCUCUUUUGGCUUGCACAACUUCAGUCUUACUGGGUUAUGAUAUUGGUGUAAUGAGUGGAGCGUCACUCUUUAUCAAAGAAAAUCUUAAAAUCAGUGACGUUCAAGUCGAAGUACUUGCUGGUACUCUAAACAUCUACUCCCUCCUCGGCUCCGCCUUUGCCGGCAGAACCUCCGACUGGAUCGGCCGCAAGUACACCAUUGUUCUAGCGGGAGUCAUCUUCUUGGUCGGAGCUCUCCUCAUGGGAUUUGCCACCAACUAUGCCUUCCUCAUGGUUGGCCGGUUUGUUGCCGGAGUCGGUGUUGGCUAUGGUAUGAUGAUUGCUCCUGUCUACACUGCCGAGAUCUCUCCGGCAUCGUUCCGUGGCUUCCUCACAUCUUUCCCAGAGGUGUUUGUCAAUGUUGGCAUAUUACUGGGGUACAUAGCCAAUUAUGCCUUCUCCAAGCUCCCGCUUCAUUUGGGCUGGCGGUUCAUGCUCGGAGUUGGCGGAGUUCCAGCUAUUUUUCUCACAGUCGGCGUCCUAUUCAUGCCCGAGUCUCCUCGGUGGCUCGUUAUGCAGGGGCGACUCGGCGACGCUAAGAAAGUCCUCCAAAGAACUUCAGAGUCCAAGGAGGAGUGCCAGCUCAGACUAGACGAUAUCAAAGAAGCCGCAGGAAUCCCACCCCACUUAAACGACGACAUUGUUCAGGUCACAAAACGCAGCCACGGUGAAGGCGUAUGGAAAGAACUGAUCCUCCAUCCUACCCCAGCCGUUCGCCAUAUUUUAAUCGCAGCCGUCGGUAUCCACAUCUUCGAACAAGCGUCUGGUAUAGACACUGUCGUUCUGUACAGCCCAAGGAUCUUUGAGAAGGCAGGUAUCACCUCCUCCAAUCAUAAGCUACUCGCCACCGUUGCCGUUGGAUUCACCAAGACAGUUUUCAUCUUGGUCGCCACAUUUUUCCUGGACAAGUUCGGACGGCGUCCGUUGCUACUGACCAGCGUGGGCGGAAUGGUAUUUUCCCUCAUGUUUCUCGGAGUUGGCCUUACAAUCGUCGACCAUCACAAAGGUUCAGUCCCCUGGGCCGUCGGAUUGUGCAUGGCCAUGAUAUAUUUCAAUGUGGCAUUUUUCUCAAUCGGGCUAGGGCCCAUCACGUGGGUAUAUAGCUCCGAGAUCUUCCCCUUGAAGCUACGCGCUCAAGGAGUCAGUAUCGGUGUGGCUUGUAAUAGGGUUACGAGUGGGAUCGUCUCUAUGACAUUUAUUUCACUGUACAAGGCCAUCACGAUUGGCGGGGCCUUCUUUCUUUAUGCUGGAAUUUCUGCUGCUGCUUGGAUGUUCUUUUAUACGAUGCUGCCGGAAACACAGGGCAGACCCCUAGAAGAUAUGGAGGUCCUGUUUGGUAAAUACCACAGGUGGAGAAAAGCCGAUGCAAUGCUCAAGGAGAGAAAGCAAGUUGAUGGUGAUGACAACGACAAUGCCCAAGUUUGCUAGGAAUAAUAACUGGAAAAGAUUUAUUAGGGUUUAGUAGAAGUAAUUGGGGUUUUUUUUUUAUUUUUUAUUUUCGAAUGAUCUUAUCGGAUGCUCAGUUGUGUGUGUCUCUUUUUUCUUUUUUUUUUUCGAAUGAUCUUAUCGGAUGCUCAGUUGUGUGUGUCUCUUCUUAUUUUUUUUUAUUCUAUACAAUGAAGGAAAUUGUUGUUAACAUUUACAGUUUAAGUGUGAUUGUGUAAAUCCUAGAUUAGAUUUGAUUGUAAUUA